AUGGAAACAAGACUAACACGUCAACGUUUAUCUUCGUCUUCGUCAGUAUCACGCUCACGUUCACCAAUAGCAAAUAGUGAACAACGAAGUGUGUCGAAUUCGCCUCGACGAGGACCGUCAACACCAGUGAAAUCAGCGAUGUAUGGAACGAAUAGUGAUGGUGAACAGGAUUUGGAAGAGCGAGAACCUUUGAUGGCUGAUGAUUCUUCUAAAGCAGCUGCCGAUGAAAUUUCAUCGCCAAUGAUGUCAGAUACUGACGAAAGUCAUCACAAGAAACGAACACAUCAUGGACACGGCCAUCAUCGACACCGGCAUCACAAACAAUCGAAAUCAAACAAACGUUCAAUAUCGCAUCAUCGACAAUCAGUUAAACGAAGUAAAAAAGAGACAACAUCGACGUCGCGACACAGUCAAUCUGACGAGGGCGAUGAGAAUUCUGUUCAUUCACCAGAGAAGAACACAAGUGAAAGUGAACAUUCACCAGCAAAACAAGAAAUUUCGUCGUCGGAAAACGAAUCCAAUGAUGAACAAGAAGAAGGGAUGAUCGAAGGAAACAAUACACCGAGUGAUCGCCGUAGUAGCCGCCGUCAUCAUCGUAAAAAACAUCGUUCUUCUUCGACAAACAAUGAACGUACUAGUCAAAGUCCACAAUCAACUUCAAGUGCCACGUUAAAAAAUAAUAAAGGUACACAGUUGAUAGUCAACUACUUACCUGAAUCAUUACAUGAAGCUGAAUUUUAUCAAUUAUUCGCUCGUGUUGCACCAGUUAAACUAUGUAAAUUAAUCACCGAUCGACACACAGGCCAUUCAUACUGUUAUGGCUUCAUCGAAUAUCAUAGCAAAGAGGAUGCUUCAAAAGCAAUCAAGAAAUACAACGGCUACGGAAUCGAGCAUAAGAAAUUGAAAGUCUCGUACGCUCAACCAAAAGGAAAAGCGAAUACGAACGAUGGCGAUUCAGAUAAUAAACAUUCAAGUUCAUUAUCGACGCAAAAGAAUCCAAAUGUGUAUAUUACUGAACUUCCCGAUGACUUUGAUGAAAAAAUGUUAAAACGUCUUUUUUCAAAGCAUGGCGAUAUCGUUCAAGCGAAAAUUCUACGCGAUCCACGUACAAGAAUAUCACGAGGCGUUGGAUUUGUUCUAAUGACAUCGACUCGUUAUGCAGAACGAGCGAUCAAAGCACUUAAUGGUUAUGUACCACCAGGGGCAGAGCGGCCUAUAUCUGUGAAAUAUGCCGAUCCAAAGAAGACAGCGGCUGCAGCACCAUCAGCAUCGGGAAACCAUAGUUCAUUGUCUCGCUUAUCACCAAUGCCCAACGUUGUUGGAUCGUAUGGUUAUCCACCUGGCUUUCCUUCGUUGAACAUGAUCGAUCCGUAUUAUGCAGCAGCUCUUCAUCAUCAUCAUCAUCAGCGCGCAGCAAUGAACAUGAGAGAUAUGAGUCGGUCACCGCCGCCGUUUCCACCUGCUUAUUAUGGCAGUGGAAAUAGUCGUUCUUCUCGUCGGCGUAGCUCGUCACCUACUGUUUCACGUUCAUAUUCAUCUUCCUCGUCGUCAAAGCAUAAUUCUAAUAGUUUAUCAACAGGAAUGACAAAUUCUUUGUCACGUUCAUCAAAUCCCAACUCAACAUCAUUGGUUGCUGCUUAUGAAUUAAUAUCUAAAGGUUGCCAACAGGCAAUUGAUCCAAACGGCUUCGUUAUCUACGCAUUUGGCUUGCCGCGUGAUUGUGUCGAACAUGAAUUAGAAGAAUUAUUUCAACGCUAUGGUGAUGUCUAUCGUGUAUAUAUUGUAAAAAACUAUACGACAGGUGAAUCAAAAGGUUACUCGUUUAUAACAAUGCGCAAUUACGAUGAGGCAUGUCAUGCAAUUGACAGUCUACACAAUUCAACAUUUCAAGGUCGAACAAUUCAAGUACGAUUCAAACAAUGA